AUGGAUUUAGUUUUGGAAUUUUUCGAUGCCUACGGCUUGGAUUACGUUUAUGCCAAGACUUUGCCUGCGACACUAGCAUCACAUGUCGCACCGCAAUGGCAGUCAGUGCUGGCAUUGAACCACGAUGUGGGGAACUCGACGAUUCUUUUGCAAGACUUGGCCAAUAAAGCUGUGGGGUCUUCUCCAGAGAUCUAUGGCUAUGUGCCUUAUCUCUUCAGAAUGACAGAGUACACCUUUGAGUCUGUAUUGCCCCGUUACAACGUUUUGAGACAACUGUUGUCGUUGACGGUCAUUACCACGAUAUUUGGAUGGCUGUUGUAUCUCGCGGCGGCGACCUUCUCAUACUUGUUCAUUUUCGAUAAGGCCGUUUUCAACCACCCUAGAUAUUUGAAAAAUCAAAUGUCGCUCGAAAUCUGGCAGGCCAUGACUUCCAUUCCAACCAUGGUGCUGUUGACCGUGCCCUGGUUCUUAUUGGAGCUGCACGGCUACUCUAAGCUAUACAUGGACAUUGACUAUGAAAACCACGGCGUGCGUCAAUGGUUUUUGGAGUAUUUUUACUUUUUGAUGUUUACCGAUUGCGGCAUUUACUUGGCGCACAGAUGGUUGCACUGGCCUCGUGUGUACAAGGCUCUUCACAAGCCUCACCACAAAUGGCUAGUGACCACUCCUUACGCCUCCCACGCCUUCGACCCUGUGGACGGUUACUGCCAAUCGCUUCCAUACCACGUGUAUCCAAUGUUGUUUCCCCUGCACAAGGUGUCCUACUUGAUCCUAUUCACUUUUGUUAACGUUUGGACCGUGAUGAUCCACGACGGUGAGUACUUGGCAAACGACCCCGUUGUCAACGGUGCUGCGUGUCACACUGUUCACCACUUGUACUUCAACUACAACUAUGGGCAGUUCACAACACUAUGGGACAGACUCGGGGGUACUUACAGAGAACCUGACAGAGAGCUGUUUAACAAGUCUUUGAAGAAGAGCUCGCAAACCUGGGAGGAGCAAGUUAAAAAGAUGGAAAUCAUCAAGAAGCAAGUCGAGGGUGAUGACGAUGACAGAGUUUAUGGCACUGAGGAGAGGCUUUUGAAAAAGAACAAAUGA